CCUUCCGUGUGGGUCGGGCGCUAGCGUGCAGUAUGGCGGACGAUGGGGACGGGAGGAGCGGAGGCGCGGACAGCAGCGGCGGCGGCCAGGGGGCAACAACAGAAGAGCUGGAUCCAGGGCCCGGCGGCAUGCUUCUCAAUUUCGCCUUGUUAGUUUUGUUCGUGGCCGCCUGCUACAGUGUUUACCGGCGGUGGUUGCGGAGGUCGGGCGCCGGCGCGGGCCGGGGAGACGAGGCCUCGGCUCUGCCCAAGAUGGGCCGGCGGGACUUCACUGUGGAGCAGCUGCGGGAGUUCGACGGCGUGCAGAACCCGCGCAUCCUCAUGGCCGUCAACAUGAAAGUCUUCGACGUGACGAGCGGCAGGAAGUUUUACGGACGCGAGGGGCCAUAUGGGAUCUUUGCGGGUCGGGAUGCCUCUCGUGGUUUGGCUUUGUUUUGCCUGGAGAAAGAUGCACUACGAGAUGAAUAUGACGAUCUGUCAGAUCUCAGCGCUGUUCAGAUGGAGAGCAUCAGAGAAUGGGAGAUGCAGUUUAUGGAAAAAUACGACUACGUUGGUCGCCUGUUGAAGCCUGGUGACGAACCAUCGGAAUACACAGACGAGGAGGACAUAAAGGACCAUCUGAAACACGACUGAUGUGACCAAAGCCUGAGACUCAGACCGCUAGCGUCCAGCCAAUUUGCCCCUUGUAGCCCAAACAUCACUCUUUAGCCCAACAACUCAAAACUAUUGGACCGCUACUAGUCUGUUGGAGUAGAUUCCACAGAUUAUGCGUCUCUUCUCCAAUAUUACAUCCCCAGGCAGGAGUGUCUGUACACCGGCAGCAGAAAGUGUUCAGCAGCGACAGUGCUACAAAAUGGAUGGCUCAGAUAUAGGUCUGUUUGGCAACUUCCUGAUUGGAGCAUUAAAUCUAAACCCUACUUGCUUCAAGGUGUCCCUUUUAUACAAGUUCCAAACUCCUGUGGUUGUUCGUUCUUUCCUCCAUUCAUACCAUGCUUUGUGUGCAUUUUUGUUUUUCCCAGCUCCAGCACACCUGCUUCAUCUCGUCAGCCAAAUAUCAAUCCCUUCUUGAGCUGAGUAAGGUGUGUUUAAGAAGGGAAAAUCAAAAACGUUUGAACUUCCCAGGAUUAGGAUUGAGAACCACUACCAUAUUACUCUUUACUUUCUUUUCUAAAUGUCCCUGUCUGCCACUGUGCUCCAUCAAAGCUCACCCAGAUCUGCUGUACUGGAAAAAGGUGUUAGUCACCCCUCCACAUGUCCCUUCCCCUCCCCGUCCUGCUCCACUGCAGCAACGGGCCUUGGCUUGGUCUUGUAUUCAACUCUAUACACUUGUUCCAUAUGCUCUAAGCCCUUAAUCUGUAUGUUAAAGCAGUCUUGGGUCUUAAAAAAAAAAUCCUGCACAUGUGUGUGUGGACUGGAAAUGUGAAAAGAUGUUAAAAUGUAUGAAACACUGCAAUCCCACAUUUUAAUUCAGUUCUGUUGAUGAGAAACCUUACGCUAAUGGAAUGGUUGGGGGGGGAAUCCAAAACUGGAUCUCAAUUGUGCUCACUUUUCUUUUCUCCCCCUUAACUUCAUUUUAAAUCCACUACAAAUUGAAGUGAUCCAAUUCAAAGGUCAGAUGUUAAUACCAUGAACCAGUUUGAAGUGGGAGUUGUGGGUGUUUUUUUUUUUUUUCAGCAUUACGGAUUUGUUUCCCUUCUUUGGGUAUGGUAUGCACUUUUAGUGCCAUGGCUUAAUCAGUGUGAGUGUACGUGUUUGGUUCAGAUGAGUGAUGAGGGAAAUACUGGGACUCCUGGAUUCUUGCCAUAAAACUCCAACAAUUAUAGUUUUGAAUGCAAAGGGAAAACAACCUGCUUUUGAUCGUGUAAAAUCUUUCGGAUAUCAGCCGAUCCUGUUCCCUUCCAACUCCUUAAAGGAAACUAUGUGAGUAGAAAUUGUGCCUUAUUUGUUUUGCUUUUUCCCCCCAAACAAUUUGCGACAAAAAGAAAUAGAAAGCAAGGAGAAAAUGAAGACCAAACUGUCGCCCCUUUCUCACAUUCUUCUGUUGAUGGUAUUAAAAUAUACUUUUACUAUGUGCCCUUUUAACUAUUAAAACAACGAAAAGGCAUGCUUCACGCUCGAAAGAUCUUUCCCCACCUCAUUGCCACCUUGUACAUAAACUUUACGAAGUAUUCAGUGUUACUGCCAUGUUGCUGUAGUUUAAUGGACUCUGUACUACUGUGUCGUAUCGGCUACGAGUCUGUUCCAUCGUUCAUUCUCUCUCUCUCUUUCUUUAUUUUCUCUGCUGUUCAUUUUAAGUGUGGAAGAAUCAGUAUAAGAUCUUUAUCAGAGACGAGGCAGGGGUGCGAAGGAUUAAACAACUUUUUUUUUUUUUUCUUUUUUUUGGGGGGGAGGGAAGGAGGUGAAAAGAAAACAAGUGGUGGAUGAUGUAAAUAUGUGUCAUUUUAUUGAAGCAUGUUCGACGUAACUGUGAGCUAAUGCUGGUUUCUCCCCACAUCAUGUAUUUAAUUGUCGGGACUGUGUGUGAGAGCGAGAGGAAGAGAUGUGUUGAUGCAUAAACAAAUAAACAGAUUUGGAUAAUAAAA